AUGGACGAAUAUCACUUUCCAGAGUCUCGCCUCAAGAAAAAGAUGGACGACCCGGAGAAGACGCCUCUUUUGCUGAUAGCUUGUGGCUCUUUCUCCCCCAUAACUUUUCUACAUCUUCGCAUGUUCGUCAUGGCCGCAGACUACGCCAAACACAACACCGACUAUGAAAUGGUGGGCGGCUACCUGUCGCCGGUAUCGGACGCAUACAAGAAGCAAGGCUUAGCCCCAGCAGAACACAGAGUUGCAAUGUGCCAGUUAGCAAUUGAUAAAGCCUCCAACUGGCUAAUGGUUGACUCCUGGGAAGCCGAGAAGAAAGACUACACAGCCACGGCCAAGGUGCUCGACCAUUUCGACCAUGAGAUCAACGUGGUCCGAAAGGGCAUCGACUGUGGCAACGGCACACGCAAGCAAGUCAAGAUUUCUCUUCUUGCCGGAGCGGAUUUGAUCCAAACCAUGUCAACCCCAGGUGUUUGGAGUGAGAAAGAUCUCGACCACAUUCUCGGGAGGUACGGCACCUUUAUCAUCGAGCGGUCCGGCACCGACAUCGACGAAGCCCUGGCAAGCUUACAGAACUAUCGUGAGAAUAUUCACGUGAUCCAGCAACUCAUCCAGAAUGACGUCAGCAGCACGAAGAUCAGGCUGUUCCUGCGACGAGGCAUGAGUGUGCAGUACUUGAUCCCGGCCCCAGUUGUAGAGUACAUCGAGCAGAAUCGCCUCUAUAGAGACGACGCCCGCUCGGCCAGCAACGCCUCCAUACACCCACCGGACAGCCACAAGGGCAAAGCCAAGGAAGCAUCAUCUGCAGAGCCAUCGUGA